AAGAAAGGUAUACUGUCUCUAUUUUCUCUGUAAUUAAUAGCAAAUAUGUAGCUCAAACCAUAUAAUUCCAGGAAACUUAAUGAAGUGAUGGACCCACAAAAUAAAGCAUUACUGAUAUGCAAAAACAAAAUGUGAUAAAAUGCACAAUUUAAAAUUCCAUAAUCCUGAACUUUUGAGCUUUUCCCCAAGCUUCUUUGAGUUUUUAACUCUAGUGGAGAAAGGGAGGGAGACAAGGAAGGGCAAGGUCAAAAAGAGGUAGACCCAAGAGGUAAAAAGAGUAAUACAAAUAUAUUAUUGCAACAGAUUUUAGGAGAUUUACAGAUGUGACAUUUGGAGUUUCCAUUAAUGACACAAACAUCCAUCAUGCCAAUUAGACACAAAUUACAUCAUCUCUGUAGGUUUCACCCAACUGGCCUGCUGGUGCAGAAUUUUGCACUUUCUGAGUGGUUUUUAAAGUAUAGCACCACCAUCAGUCCAAUAUGUGUACUCUCUGUUGGAGCCACAACAUGCACCCUCCUUUGUGAGUUCAUCAAGAGCACACUGGUAUUAUCUGAGAUGUUGCUGUUUCUCCUCAUAAAAGUAACCAUUAGCAGGUAAUAUCCUUUGUAUGUAAACGUAACAAUAUGCCAUUGUAAAAAGGAAAUUACUCAAUAGUCAAGUAAAGUACAAGUACCUCAAAAUUGUAUCUUUAGUGUGUUUUAUGACCGAAUAAGACCAGAACAAAAUCAAGUGAAAUUAGGAAGCUACAAAAGGGAGGCAGGAUAAAAUAAAGAACAACCUAAGAUCUGGAGGAAGCAAGGCAAGUAAGAGAAAAAAAGUUCAGCCUCUCUCUGUUGUUUUUAUAUCCCCACUUUCACACUUUGGUAUUUAUCUCUACCUUAACUGUCGCCUGUGCCCCCUUCUGUCAUCCUUCAACUCUGUCUAAGAGGUUAAUCUCUCUAACCUCCUGUAAUAAAACACGGACUGUCCAUCAAAUGUGCAGUACCCAUGAAACUAAGGCUACAUUUUGGUGAGGUAUAUCAUUUCAAUGGAGCAUUAUAAAGAUGUAAUGUAGUUCUCUGAGUUGGUACUUUAGUCCUAUAAACAUGGUUACUAAUUAAACCCUGUGUUACAGCAGAAAGGAGGCAGCAGGAACAUACCCUCUGAACAUACAGUCACUGGGUCAAAGUGAUGUCAUGCUUCUGAUGGCUGCUUCUUAUCUUUAAUGCUGUAAAAUAUAUGGUAAGCUAAAGAUACUGGAGGCAGACAGACAUGUUUUUGUACCAUCUAUAAAUUUCAAUUCCCAUUUAUCUUCAUACCAACAUCAUACUUUAAUCUUAAUCUCUUGCCUUCCAAAGGUAUUUGUACACAUAUUUUUUCAGGUUAUUUGUCCUCUAAUCACAAGUGGAAACCUGUUCAUCCUCUUGGCUGAUUUUACAAUUCCACUUAUCCACACAUCUUAAAAGACCUCUGACUAACCCACUCAAGUUAUAUUUAUUUGCUUGGAUUUCUGCCAAGGCUGUAGUGCUUCCUUUCUUAUCUCCUUUAGCAUAGGGUACUGGACCAACCUGAAAGUAGAUAAUGCCGUCCCACAAUUCUUUGCGGCCGCAACAUUUAAAGAUACCCAGAACUCAGCCGUUCACGAAAACAAACAAAAUACCUAUGUUGCAUAACAUUUUUUGGAGAGGGGGGUGAGUAUUAGCAACCAUUCUCAAUGUGACAACCAUUUCGUAUCACUUGUGGGAGUGAUAGCCUCUAUUCCUUUUUUUAUUUCAAUUCCAACCUUGGUAAUAAAGUUAUAUUUUUUCACUUUUUUAUUGCCUCCAUGAAACAACAAGGUAAGAACACACAGAGCGAAGUAUCUAAGAUGUGCUUUCUGUGGUCCUUGGAAACAUAGUUUCACCACGGCUUGCUUAAUUACAUAGACUAGUGUAAGUGCAGUUGGAGUCUCUUACAGCACAGUGGUUGUCUUUUCCUAAAUCCUCAUGAUGUUUUCUAUUGAGGUAAGGUGUUUAGAAAAAGGCAGGAAGUAGUUUCAGCCAUGCUAGGCUACAGUAGUAGUAGGCGAAGGCCAUGGUAGCUCACUUGGUUGAGCAAGUCCCCCCUAUACCAAGGCUUAGUCCUACCUGCUCCCCAAUUUCCUGUUUUCAGCUAUUCUAUCAAAAAAGCCUGAAAUAUAAUCUUCAGUUCAGACUUAGUUUUGUUGUAUUGAAACAUCAAUACAGUGAUGCAGUUGUGAAAUUGUACUCACUCUUUUUGUUAUCAAAACUUUUCAAAACAUACAUUUAUACAUGCACAUACUUUAAGUCAAACUAAAACCUAGGAUAUUUCACUUACUUGCUGAUAAAAUAUAAGAAUAAUACUAGGACUAAGGACUGUUAGCCAUGCUUUAUGUAGGAAAAUUACAUUUUGACCUUGAAACAUACAGAAUCCCCAAUGUACAGUAUUCCCAUCCUGCGAGAGAAGGGAAAGUUAAAAUCUCUGUUAUGUAUCCCUUGUGACCCUUGACCAUAACCUAAACCUCCCAUUUCUGGGGUAAUAUGAUAACAUUUAAGAAUUGUUGUUUUAUAAUUUGCAUACCAAGCAGGUUUUUGUUUCUUUGGUGUGUACUUCGAUCGAAUUGCAAAAUAAAUGAAGUAACCUAACCACACCUUAAUGUCAUUCAUUCUCUUGGAGUCCUGCUGGCAGAUCACAGGUAACUUGGUUAAGAUGUACAAACUGCAUUGAGAUAAUUGUUGAUUGUUUUUGACCGUUUUCCCUCCUCCUCCUCCUCCUCAAUCAAUGAACCGCUGGACUAUUUGACUCAGUAAACCAGAUCAUUCUUUGGUCUCUGUUUUGUGUGUUUUCUCUACAGUGGGAUCAGAGAGAAGAAAAACAAGGUGGCGGGUGGAACUACUCUUGAAGUGGAGACGACAUGCAGCAAAGGGCCCCGGGUUGGAUCCGAAUCCAGCCUACUGGCAGGGGAGUCUGCCAUUGCGCAGCAGCCAACUAGGUGAAGGUGGAAAAUCCGCUAGGAGGAAGGAUGCUUCAAUAGGACGGGGUUUGUUUCUUCAGUUAAUUACACCCUGCUGGACAUCGCAUUCUCCUUCCCAUCUCCCCCACUGUGGUCUGUCUCAGAUAUACUGUCGCCCCCCCCCCCCUUCCUUAAUCUCCCAGAUUGUCGGCGACUUGCUGCAGCUGCAGUCGAUGCUGCAGUUUUGAGCCUCUCCUGCACCGGGACAGCUGACUCAAUGAGAAAGACAUGCUCGCAUUCGUUUUGGUCUCUGGGUCGCUCUGGAUUAUAUUAGAGCUGAGUUCCACCCUGAUGGAGAAGAUGCAGGCCCAGGAAAUGAUGAGCGGCCUGAGGAUACCGGAGAUGGACGAGCUGGGACAGUUCUUUCGCUCCCUGCCGACCUCCACGCUGGUGGGGAUCGGCGCUCUGACUGCCGUGCUGGCGUACUGGUUGGCAACCAGACCCCGCCCUAUCAAGCCACCCUGCAGCCUGCUGCACCAGUCUGAGGAGGUGCCGCAUGAAGAUGGAGGUCACAGGUCCAUGAUGGGCGACAGCUCCAAGCUACUGGCUUAUUACCAUGACGACGCCAGGACCAUGUACGAGGUCUUCCAGAGAGGCCUUCACAUAUCUGGUGAUGGACCUUGCUUAGGCUCGCGGCUCCCUAACCAGCCUUACAAAUGGAUAUCCUACAAAGAGGUGACGGCCCGGGCGGAACAUCUGGGUUCAGGCCUUCUGCACCAGGGCUGCCAGCCCAACCCCAGCCAGUUCAUUGGAGUGUUCUCCCAGAACAGGCCAGAGUGGAUCAUCUCAGAGCUAGCUUGCUACACCUACUCCAUGGUGGUGGUUCCUCUUUAUGACACACUGGGCCCAGACGCCAUACGGUUCAUCAUUAACACUGCUGACAUCUCCACAGUCAUCUGUGACAAAGUAGAGAAAGCUCAGGUGCUUCUGGAAAACGUUGAGCGGAAGGAGACUCCGGGCCUGCAAAGAAUUAUCCUGAUGGAUGACUUUGAGUCCGCCCUCGUUGAGCACGGAAAGAGCUGUGGCGUCCACGUGCAGGCCAUACAGGAAGUCGAGGCUCUGGGCAGAGAGCAUCACAGAAAACCUAUACCACCGUUGCCAGAUGACCUGUCCAUUGUUUGUUUCACCAGUGGAACCACAGGAAACCCAAAGGGAGUUAUGCUCACCCAUGGGAACGUGGUGGCAGAUUUCUCAGGCUUCCUCAAAGUAACAGAUAAAGUCAUUUUUCCCAACCAAGAUGAUUGCCUCAUUUCCUUCCUGCCACUGGCUCACAUGUUCGAGAGGCUCAUUGAGUCUGUGGUGUACUGCCAUGGAGGACGAAUCGGGUUCUAUCAGGGCGACAUCCGUCUCCUCCCAGAUGACAUGAAGGCCCUGCGGCCCACCAUUUUCCCUGUGGUGCCUCGGCUGCUCAACCGCAUGUACGACAAGAUCUUCAGCCAGGCUAACACCCCAUUGAAGCGCUGGCUGCUCAACUUUGCUGCCAAGAGAAAAGGUGCUGAAGUAAGCAGAGGGAUCAUUCGCAGUGACAGCUUAUGGGACAAAAUCUUCUUCAGUAAAAUUCAGGCCAGCCUCGGAGGAAGACUGAGGAUGAUUAUAACAGGAGCGGCUCCCACCUCGCCUGCUGUCCUGGGAUUUCUCAGAGCAGCCCUGGGAUGCCAGGUGUACGAAGCGUAUGGCCAGACAGAGUGCACAGCUGGCUGCACCUUUACCACACCUGGAGACUGGACCCCAGGUCACGUUGGGGCCCCACUGCCAUGUAACCUCAUCAAACUGGUGGAUGUUCCUGACAAGAACUACUUUGCCUCUAAGGGAGAGGGAGAGGUUUGUGUGAAGGGACCAAACGUGUUUAAGGGGUACCUCAAAGACCCAGAGAGGACGGCCGAGACGCUGGAUGCAGACAGCUGGCUUCACACCGGAGACAUCGGCAAAUGGUUGCCUAAUGGCACACUAAAGAUCAUUGACAGGAAGAAGCACAUCUUCAAGUUGGCGCAGGGCGAGUACAUCUCCCCUGAGAAGAUCGAGAACAUCUACAUUAGAAGUGAACCUGUGGCACAGCUCUAUGUUCAUGGAGAUAGCCUGCAGUCCUGUUUGGUGGGAAUUGUGGUUCCUGACCCUGAAGUCAUGCCUGAAUGGGCCAAGAAAAAAGGCAUAAUAGGCACCUACAAGGACCUCUGUAAAAACACGGAAUUAAAGAAGGCAAUCCUUAAAGAUCUGGUGCAUCUGGGCAAGGCCAGUGGCCUCCACUCUUUUGAGCAGGUGAAAAACAUCUACAUCCACAACGAGAUGUUCUCCAUUGUAAACGGCCUCCUGACUCCGACACUUAAGGCCAAGAGACCAGAGCUGAAGGAGUUCUUCAAGGAGAAGAUCGACCAACUCUACAGCAGCAUCUCCAUGUGAAGGCCGGCAGACCUCAUUUUCCUUCAAGCAUCUUAAAACUAACACCUGCUUUGACCAUUGACCUGCAGUGGGACAAAGAUGUGACAUCUUGGGUUUAACAUGCUUUGGGGAAACAUCCCCAUUCUAUGGAAGACUUAAAAUGCUUAAAUACAAAGAAAUGAAGUGAAAUGCAAUACAUGUAGUUAUAUGUUUUUCCCUUUUAGGAAUGCAUUUACUGUAUCAUAAUUACACAAAAACAUAAGUCAAAAAAAGAAAUUAGCUUCUAGUCUGUUAACUGAAUUGUUUUUUUAUUGUGACAAUGAAUUUUCUGUCACAUUAAAAAUAUCACAAAACAAAGUGGUGCAUUUCAGUGUUGUCCAGCAGAGGGCAGUAUAAACAGAUAAUUAUGACACAAUUUUGGCACAAUAAUUGUGCGUACAGAAAAAGCAAAUGCAUACAGUAUUACAAGUAUUUUAAUUCACUUUAUUACUUUGUUCGAUUUGUAUUAAUUUAGGCAUGGGAAAUCUUCCACAUAUUGCCACCCCCUAUCCACCCAAACAAACCAUGCACAAUGCUCUGUUAAUUAAUUCAUCAACAUUUCAUGUUGAGCAAUCCAUUCCUACUUUCUGUCAAUCUGCUUCUCCUCUCUUCUCCAUCAGUUUAAACCCACCAGCCAAACACAACCUAAAGCCACAGUCGACGACAGCAAGCGGGAUGUCUUUGUGUAUAGUGUAGCUCAAGGAGAUGUCUUGCUGAUAACUUGUAGGACAGUAAUGGACCUUAUCCUUAGUGGAAAACAGUAGAUUUUCCUUUAAUCAAACAAGCUGCUGUCAGCAGUGCUGCUCAGCAGGGCCUGAUACAUUUCCCCUGAGCUGACACAACAAAGAUCAAACUUGUAACCCAGACCUCGUGCAAUUUGACCAAAACCACACCCUCAUGUUUGUGGUCAGAAUUAAGAUAACAAGGUAAAGAGAGUAGCAGCUCCUGCCUUACAAAUCAUUGCUGUCUGCUCCAUGUAGAGCAUCUCAAUGUUUGAGCCACAUCCAAAUUCAUUCAUUAAAUCCCCUCUACAUGGCUGUGAUCAGCAGUUAGCAUGCAAUAUCCGUGUUUAUGUAAAGGACUGGCCCACUGUAACAAUCAUCAAGGUUCACAAGUCAGUUCAAUCACAACUUUCUUUACAUCCAUCUUUGCACAAAUAGUAUGUCAGGUAAAAGGAAAAAAGAUAAUGCAAAACCAGGGCUCAGGGCAAUGCAUGCAGUUUGCCCUGCAAGGCUGGCACCGUUAGCGUCUGACUUGAAAAAGAGUAUUUCUUUGUGGCCAUUAAAAGCAGGUUGUAUGCAGCUGCCCACAGCCACUGCUGCUAGUGCAAGGCUUUGUAAUGUAGGCAAAGCUGAUGAAUUCCACUCACUGGAGGAAAAUAGAACAACCAUCAACUUUUAAACAAAAUAAACAAUUUUUUGGAGGGUUUACACAUAGAAGUAAUGUAUAGGUUUUUUUAAGUUGUUUACCGUCCCAAAGCAUAAACAGUGUGGAUGUACAUAAAUGAGGACAGCUAGAUGUAAGCAUAUUUAUUAAAUCAAUGGUUUGAAUGGA